AUGCCACCUUCUCUGGCGACCGUAGGCGUUGCCUCUAUCGGCGAGAUGGGCGUAGGCAUUGCGAGGCUCUUGAGCGCCCAGAACUAUAGAGUAUUGACAAAUAUCUCAGAUAGAAGUGAGUCAACCCGUCAGCGUGUCAAAUCCGCUUCAAUCGAGCUGGUAGACACGGAUCAGGAGCUCGUUGCUCAAGCAGACUACAUCCUGUCGAUUGUUCCCCCCCGGGACGCUAUCAGCACAGCCAAGAGGUUCACCGAAGCAGCAGCUGGACAUGUCAGAGACCCGGAGCAAGAACCGCUCUUCUACAUUGACCUUAAUGCCAUCAGUCCCAAUGGAGCACGAACGCUGGAACUCCUCUUGAAGGACUACCCGAUGAUGAGAUUCCUUGACGGUGGGAUCAUCGGAGGCGCCCCAAAAUUCAAACCAGAUGGUAACUGGACCAAACCCAGCAUCGUCGUCUCCGGUCCUCACAGUCUCGAUGACGCUCCUAUCAGCGGCGCGCAUCUUGCAAAAGUUCUCAAUAUCAAGCACAUAGCCGACAAGAUUGGUCCCGCCAGCGGAUUGAAAAUGUGUUUUGCAUCCACCACCAAGGGCUUGACAGCAAUCGCAAUCCAAUCAUUCACCACAGCACACACCCUCGGGGUGCUCGACGACCUGCAAGCACAUCUCAAAGACUACAGCCCCAAAACAGGAGAGCUUGCGGCCCAAGGAUUGGUGGGUAUGCCGCCCAAAGCGUACAGAUGGGUUGAUGAGAUGAAGGAGAUUGCAGAGACUUUUCGUACCGAAGGAGGAUUUGAGACAAACUUGUUCGAUGGGGUUAGUGAAGUCUUUAGAUUUGUAGCAGAUGAAACAAACCUAGGAAAGGAGAAGACGGAAGACAGGAGGGUGGGUAAGACACCGGAAGAUGUUGCAAGGCUGGUGGGCCAGGGGUUGGAGAGGAAGAAGGAGAAAGUAGAGUAG